AUGGAUCCCUUCAACAACCCGAACAAUCCGAACAACCCGAACAAUCCCAACAACCCGACCCAACCUAAUGUUUUCUCGGUUCCGGGAUAUUAUCCGACGCUAGAACCGAACCAAUUCUCGCAAUAUUCAUCAAAUGCGUUUGCAUCAUUUCAACACUCGCCAAACCAAUUCGCUCAAUUCUCUCAAAAUCAAGCCCUUCAACAAAUGAUGAUGCGGGGUGCUUAUAAUUUCCCAUCGAACCUCACACCACCCGUUCAACCCCAACCGAUCCCGACGCAACCCUUUCAACAAUCCGAACCCGAAGACGAUGUGGAGGUUGUUCCCGAAACCCAACCGCCUAAAGGAAAAGGAAAACGAAACAAAGGCAAGCAAGUGGUGGGUGAUCAACCGUCCAAACCGAAGUCGACUAAGUGGACAUCAAUCAAAAAAGAAGCCUUAGCCAAGGCUUACAUUGGCACGUUUGACCACCCGACAAAAGGUAAUAACCAAACAGGUGAGGGGUUUUGGUCCAAGGUUUUGGCGAAGUUCCUCGUCCUUAUGGACCAAGGCCCGUAUCGAGAUAUCGACUCGGUCUCUUCAAAGUGGCGGAAAAUGAACGUGUCCGUCAAUAGGUUUUGCGAGGAAUAUAAUAAAUUAUAUACAAGUGACCGUCGUAGCGGCAUGAGCGACGACGAUGUGUUUAAAAAAGCGUUGGACAAGUAUAAGGCGAACAAUGGUAAUACCAACUUUGCUCACGUUCGCGCGUGGGCAAUUCUAAAAGACGAACCAAAAUGGGCGCUGAUUCCCAACGAGGUGGCGAUGGCGAAACGCCAAAAAACAUCGGAAACGAGUAGUUUUAGCGCCGGUGGAUCGGACGCGAGGUGUCACAUAAACUUAAAUGAUGACGCCGACUUUGACGAAGAGGAGUACGUCGUACAUGAAGCGGAGCGUCCACAGGGCCAAGACAAAUCAAAGAAGGAGCGGGCCAAGGGGAAAGAAAAGGAAAAGGUGGACCCGAAGAUGGAAGAGUUUAUGGAACACUUAAAAAUCUACAACGACGUCUCGGCCCAAAAGACGAAGGCGAAGGAGCGGGCCGUCGAAAAAAAAGCUCGUGUAGCCGAAGAAAAGUUACGCGAGAAGGUCCGAUUGUCGAAUGAGAAAAUCAGAAUUUCGGAUGAAAAAAUUCGGCUAAAGGAAUGGUUAAUGAUAACGAUGGAUGUCGAUCAGUAUCCCGAGCCGAAACGUUCGAUGUUGAAAAAACUUCAAACCGACAUCAUGAAAAAGCAUAAUAUUAUUUAA